ACAAUGCGGCGCCUCCCGGCGUAGCGCGGCGCGGGGCUGGACGCCGGACACCCUAGCGCGGGCAGCGGAGCGGGCGGGCGAGCGGGCGGCGGGUGCGGGCUGCCUCCGUCGAGAGCCAUGGGCGCAGCGCUGCGCGGGGCCGAGGAUCCGCGCGGCCCGGAGGCGCGGGGGGCGGGGGCGCGGGCCCGGGGCCGCCUCUAGCCGGCACGUAGGGCGCGGGGCCGGGAAUGAGGGCGCCCGCCGCGGGGAUCCCGUCUGCGCGCCGCGGCACUGUCCCGCCCAACGAGCGAGCCGGAGCAGGCAGACGCGCGGCCGGUGGUCUGGGGGCGCGCCGCCUCCCGGCCCCCAAAAUGUGAAGCGGGGAGGGCGGAGACGCAGAGACGGCCGGGCCGGGCGCCCUCGCCGCCCUCCGGCAGCCGCGCUGCUCCCUCCGCUGCCCGCCCAGGCCCGAACAGCGAGGCCACCCGGCCGCGCGCCCCCAGCUUCGUUCUGAAGCGGCUUCGGCCAGCAGAGGGUUCGCGGCUAGGACGCGGCGGGAGCCGGGCCCAGGACGGUGCGUCCGGCCUCGCCUGUGGCUCUUCGCCCAGACAAGUUUGAACAAUGAUCACCGUCAACCCUGAUGGGAAGAUAAUGGUCAGAAGAUGCCUGGUCACCCUGAGACCCUUUCGGCUUUUUGUCCUGGGCAUCGGCUUCUUCACUCUCUGUUUCCUGAUGACCUCUCUAGGAGGCCAGUUCUCCACCCGGCGCCUGGGGGACUCGCCAUUCACCAUCCGCACAGAAGUGAUGGGGGGCCCUGAGUCCCGCGGUGUCCUGCGCAAGAUGAGCGACCUGCUGGAGCUGAUGGUGAAGCGCAUGGAUGCACUGGCCAGGCUGGAGAAUGGCAGUGAGCUGCACCGGGCCGGCGGCGACCUGCACUUUCCCGCAGACAGGAUGCCCCCUGGGGCUGGCCUCAUGGAGCGGAUCCAGGCUAUUGCCCAGAAUGUGUCUGACAUCGCCGUGAAGGUGGACCAGAUCCUGCGACACAGCCUGCUCCUGCACAGCAAGGUGUCGGAAGGCCGGCGGGACCAGUGUGAGGCGCCGAGUGACCCCAAGUUCCCUGACUGCUCAGGGAAGGUGGAGUGGAUGCGUGCCCGCUGGACCUCUGACCCCUGCUACGCCUUCUUCGGGGUGGACGGCACCGAGUGUUCCUUUCUCAUCUACCUCAGUGAGGUCGAGUGGUUCUGCCCCCCACUGCCCUGGAGGAACCAGACGGCUGCCCAGAGGGCAUCCAAGCCCCUUCCCAAAGUCCAGGCAGUUUUCCGAAGCAACCUGUCUCACCUCCUGGACCUGAUGGGCAGCGGGAAGGAGUCCCUGAUCUUCAUGAAGAAGCGGACCAAGAGGCUCACAGCCCAGUGGGUGCUGGCUGCCCAGCGGCUGGCACAGAAGCUGGGAGCUACCUGGAGGGACCAGAAGCAGAUCCUGGUCCACAUCGGCUUCCUGACAGAGGAGUCUGGGGAUGUGUUCAGCCCUCGGGUCCUGAAGGGCGGGCCGUUGGGGGAGAUGGUGCAGUGGGCAGACAUUCUGGCUGCGCUCUAUGUCCUGGGCCAUGGCCUGCGGGUCACAGUCUCCCUGAAGGAGCUGCAGAGUAACUUAGGGGUGCCGCCAGGCCGGGGGAGCUGCCCGCUCACUAUACCCCUGCCCUUUGACCUCAUCUACACCGACUACCAUGGCCUGCAGCAGAUGAAGCAGCACAUGGGACUCUCCUUCAAGAAGUACCGGUGCCGAAUCAGGGUCAUCGAUACCUUCGGGACAGAACCUGCUUACAACCAUGAGGAGUACGCCACGCUGCACGGCUACCGGACCAACUGGGGCUACUGGAACCUCAACCCCAAGCAGUUCAUGACCAUGUUCCGUACUCCUAAGGCCCGCCCCCUUUCCCACCCUUGCCAGAAGAGGACCUCUUGGGCAGCGCAGUCCAGGGAGGCCAGGGGCAGCCACUGCUUGUUUGGUGAUCCAAUUCCUUUUGCGCGGUUGGGCUUAGCUCACACCCCUGACAACUCCUUCAUGGGCUUCGUGUCCGAGGAGCUCAACGAGACGGAGAAGCAGCUCAUCAAAGGCGGCAAAGCCAGCAACAUGGCCGUGGUGUACGGCAAGGAGGCGAACAUCUGGAAGGGGAAGGAGAAGUUCCUGGGCAUCUUGAACAAAUACAUGGAGAUUCAUGGCACCGUGUACUACGAGAGCCAGCGGCCCCCCGAGGUGCCAGCCUUCGUGAAGAACCACGGCCUCUUACCGCAGCCCGAAUUUCAGCAGCUGCUGCGCAAGGCCAAGCUCUUCAUCGGGUUUGGCUUCCCCUACGAGGGCCCCGCCCCCCUGGAGGCCAUUGCCAAUGGCUGCAUCUUCCUGCAGUCCCGCUUCAGCCCGCCCCACAGCUCCCUCAACCACGAGUUCUUCCGAGGCAAGCCCACCUCCAGAGAGGUAUUCUCACAGCAUCCCUAUGCGGAGAACUUCAUCGGCAAGCCCCACGUGUGGACAGUCGACUACAACAACUCAGAGGAGUUUGAAGCAGCCAUCAAGGCCAUCAUGACAACUCAGGUAGACCCCUACCUACCUUACGAGUACACCUGCGAGGGGAUGCUGGAGCGGAUCCACGCCUACAUCCAGCACCAGGACUUCUGCACAUCUCCAGGCCCUGCCCAACCAGGGGCCCAUGCCCCGCAGAGCCCUUUUGUCCUGGCCCCAAAUGCCACCCACCUCGAAUGGGCUCAGAAUGCCAGCUUGACCCUGGGGGCCUGGCCCCCCGUGAACUCCCUGCGGGCCUGGCUGGCUGUGCCUGGGAGGGCGUGCACCGACACCUGCCUGGACCACGGGCUGAUCUGCGAGCCCUCCUUCUUCCCCUUCCUCAACAGCCAGGACGCCUUCCUCAAAUUGCAGGUGCCCUGUGACAGCACCGAGUCGGAGAUGAACCACCUGUACCCGGCCUUCGCCCAGCCUGGCCAGGAGUGCUAUCUGCAGAAGGAGCCCCUGCUCUUCAGCUGUGCCGGCUCCAACACCAAGUACCGCCGGCUCUGCCCCUGCCGUGACUUCCGCAAAGGCCAGGUGGCCUUGUGCCAGGGCUGUCUGUGAGGCCACCUCUGCCGCCCUGCCUGGCACCCACGGCUGGCUCUCCCCUGACACAGGAGAGAGUACCAGCAGGUCCUGGGCUCCGGCUGCUUGUCCUCCUCGCAGCUCCCCCAGGCUGGAGCUUACUUCCUUCACCUGGAAGUGUCCAGAGGAGAGCCGUGCAGAGGAAUAGGAGGCGGCGGCACACCGAGCCCCUGGGACCUCCCAGGCAGGCUCCUGGUUCUCUCCUGGGAAUUCAUGGCAGCAUCAAGGCCAAGCAGAUGUCGGGCUGCUCGGAGAGUCUGCAGGGCCCAGGAGCAGGUGGUCAAGGCCCCUUGCUUUGUGCAAGGCUGGAUCUGGGCCAGAUGAAGGGGGCCAGUCAUUCUUGGGCCCAGGAUGGGGCUUCUAGACCUGCAAGAGAGGGUAGCAGGGACCAGGCUGCCCCAUGGUCCCUGAAGGGUUCAAGGAGGGCCCCUCCCCAUGGGCCUGGAUGGUACCUGCUCCGGGCAGGGGAAUUGGGGGCUUACCCUCCUCCUGUGAGGGGAGCCAGGAACACAGGGCCCGCUGGCAUUUGGGUUGUGGACGCAGGGGCAGAGGGUGGGUGGAAGGCUAAGCCAAGGGGCCCUGUUCGUGCCUCCCCUUAGCCCCUUUCCUCUCGGUUUCCCGAUCCCACCACCUUCCCGCUACACUUGGGGACCACAGUUUGGGCUGCAGGGACCACCUAGGCCCUGGUUGAGUUGUUUCUUUCUCCUGCUUGUUCCAACCCUUUUCACUCCGGGCUUCUCCCAAAACCCAUCCUGGCAUGACCUGCCACUCCAGAUGGUGGAUUUGUUCCAAAGCCUCAAGCCCUGGCCCCUCCAAGGGGAGGUUUCCACCCCAGGCUCAGAGAACAGGCUCUGGGACCCCUGCCCGGGGGUGGCCUUUGUGCACCAGGCACUCCCACAGAUACUGACUCCUUACCCCCCAGCAUCUUUUGCAGACAGGGGCUUGGGAUGGAGCCUCAGCCCCAUGGCACUCCAUGCCUAGUUUCCAGUUGCCCUGUCCACUUACCCAGGCAGCCCUCAACCCCACCCAUGUCAAGUCCUUGUCCCUACCUCCAGCCUCAAACCGCCUUGAGAUCCAGCCGUCCUUCCCUGAGUGGCAUGCCUGCCGCAGGACGCCCCCUUCCCCUCUCCCCCCGCCCAGAGCCCCGACUGCCUCAGCGGGUCAGGCCUUCAGAACACUGCCACCACCCAGUUUUAUAAUCCUGCUCCCUCUCCCAGCAACCCCACCCACCAACCUAGGCCUGCUCCUCCACCCUUCCCAGGAGGCAGCCCCAGGACGCUGAGAGUUGGUGGAGGGGCCAGGCUGGACACUUCCCACAGGAGUCCCCUCCAGACCUGGCUGGCCCCUGCAGCCGCAGAAACCACGAUGGCAAGAAACUCAUUGGUUCCCAAGGACUGACCUGUGGGGGAAAGCAAUAGAGACACUCUUUUUUUCUCUUUUUUUAAAGAUUUAUUUCUUGAAAUAAUAAAUAUUUUAUUGGGAUGUGAGAUGCAGAAGAGGAA